AUGGCCGUCGAUACAAGCUAUUUGACCACUCAGGUCAACAACAUUGUCAGCCAGCUUCAUGGGAUCUUCGAUGAGAUCGGAGUUCCCAGCCACGAGCGCGAGUCUAGAGAAGCAGAGCUCUUCAGUGCGCUAUCGGAAACACUCAAUAACCACUUGAAGCUGGUUGACGACGAGAAGAAUGAGAUGACCGAAGAAGCGCACAAGCUUAUCAAUGCGAUCCAGCAGAUGGAGGAAUCUCUGGUCGACGAGAAAGCCAAUGGCCAGUACAGUCUCGACGCCGGUGCGCUCCAGGUUACUUAUCCGUUGAACCGCUGCGUCGCCUUCCUUCGAGAACAGCAUAGCGCAGUCAGCAAGUUGCAUCGGCAGCGAUUUGAACAAGUCAAGAAACUGGUCGAAGCCCUCGAGUCAUAUUCGUCCCAUCUCGAACCCUCCUUCAUCACAAUCGAACUUCCUCCCACUGCACCUGGAUCGUCCGUCGCACCGAGCUUCGAUCUCUCCCCGACAUAUGUUACUGCUCUCGACGAGGAAUUCACUAGAGUGUACGAAGAAUACCACCGCCGUCUCGAGCUUGUGACGACAACAUGCGAAGAGAUCAUCAAGCUCUGGGCCGAGCUUGGAACUCCACAGGCACAGACGGAUUCUAGUAUUGUCCAACACUACCGAGAGUCGCCCGAACAGCUUGGACUCCACGAAUCGGACUUGACAAAUCUGCUCGCGCGGAGGGAGAAAUUGCUGGACGAAAAGAGAGGACGGGAACGCAAAUUGAAAGACCUCAAGCAUGCUGUGGAAGGCCUCUGGGAACGAUUUGGCGUCGAGGAGUGUGACAGAAAGGCUUUCCUUGCUGCCAACCGUGGCUGUGGUCUUCGCACAAUCAACGAAUUUGAAGAGGAACUUUCUCGUCUCAACGAGUUGAAGAGGCAGAAUCUACACCUUUUCGUGGAGGAUGCACGUUGCCGUCUGCAGGAACUCUGGGACGGGCUAUAUUUCUCGGAAGAGGACAUGCUGGAUUUCACACCUGCAUUCUCUGAUGUCUACAGCGACGCGCUCUUGGAAGCCCACGAGGCUGAAAUCGCGCGCCUGGAGGCCUUGAAGGAGCAACGAGAACCGAUUUUGAACUUGAUCGACAGACAUCGCAGUCUUCUUGCAGAGCGGGAAGCUUUGGCGGCCUCGAGCCAGGAUGCGUCCCGCUUGCUGGGACGCGGCAACAAGGGGGAGCGACGUGAUCCCGGCAAGUUGCUUAGAGAGGAGAAGAUGAGGAAGAGAAUUGCCAAGGAGUUGCCCAAGGUUGAGGUUGAACUUAGGAAGGAAUUGGAGAACUUUGAGGACGAGUUCGGACGGCCAUUCCUGGUUCACGGAGAAAGAUAUCUCGACGAACUCACCAAGGUAGCCGCCAAACCUCCGGUCCGUUCUAAGACGCCUGGCCCGUCAAGUACCACGAAACGUAGUGCUCCACCAGCUCGCCCUGCUAGCGCCAUGAACCGCCCCGGAAGCUCCAUGAGGGGUCCACCUCCACCUCGUUCUACGACAAAGACCCCUAUAACCGGAGGCCAACCGACCAAGUACAACACUAUAGGCGCGUCGAGGUCCGGGGCCAAGUCACCGUCAAAGAUCCCGGCACGAGUUCCACUGAGCAAUAUGCCCCAUGGAAACAAUUCUGACCGCCGUGGUCCGGGCACAUACUCAUCCAGCACUGUGAAUGGCAAAUUGCCUUCAUCUCGUGCGCCACCACCGAGGAUGAGAGCAUUAACGGUCACUGACAAGGAAGAACGCGGAAGCUAUCUGUUUGAGCCUCCUCGUUGCGCCAGUGCCAUGUCCAAUUCAUUCGUGCGGCCAGUAAGCCCCGAAGAUGUAUACGAUGACCGCCAGCGUUCCUUCAUGAGCUCUUCCAUAUUUUCCCAACGUUCGACGGGCUUCUCUCAAUCGUCACAUUCCUCUGCCUCGUCUAUAUCCAUCAAGUCGUCCCUGCAAGGAGGGUUUCCGCGGCCAAACCCAUAUCUGCAACACGCCCCUCCACCUCCUGCACCGAGGCAGGUGUCCAACACCUCAUCUGCUGCGGAUACGAUAACGACGGGAUCUGAAAACUGGGAGACGUUUGAUGACGGGUCGGAGUCUGAGGGUGAAAGUGAUGCCUACUACGCCCGACUCCGAGCAGCACAUGGAAAACGCGUGGCGCCAGAGGACCAGCAGCCAUCAAUAUCGCUGGCUGGGAAGAAAGCAAAGGGGAUCCGAAGCGUGAGCCCCGAGGAGCCGAUUGGAAGGCACAUGGUACGAGUGGCCGGAAGUGAUAACGGCUGGACCGAUGACAUGGAGGCUUACUAA